UUAGAACACAGUGUCCCGUCUAAACAUGGCGGAGUAUGUGCAGGUUUUUCGGAGAGCUGUUCAGCAGUUAGGAGGUCAUGGAGGUGUACGCGGGUUUGUUAUGCAGCUACUCAGGGUAAAUGAUGUGAAAACUGGAGCUCUUGUUGGAGUGGACAAAUUUGGCAACAAAUAUUUUGAAGAUAACCGCUACUUUUUUGGCCGUCACAGAUGGGUAAUAUAUGCUGAAGAAAUGAAUGGAAAAAACACAUACUGGGAAGUAGACGGAAGCAUGGUGCCACCUGAAUGGCAUCGCUGGCUGCAUUGCAUGACUGACAAUCCACCAACAACUCACCCUCCAGUGCCUCGCAAGUUCAUCUGGGAGAAUCACAAAUUUAACCUGAGCGGUUCACCGAGUCAGUAUGUUCCGUACUCCACCACCCGCAAGAAGAUACAUGAGUGGGUCCCACCCCAGGCAACUGCAAAGUGAAAAGUGGAGCUUGUUUGUAAAUUAUUCUGAUACCAAGUCUUGCUGAUAAUUAAAAAAUAUAAAUAUA